CGUCGUAAGAUUGUUAUGUCGUGGAAAAAUAAAGAUAGACGAAGAGCUCUUGGGAUAUUGACUCCAGUAGUCAAGUAAAAGCCCUUAAAUGGUAAAUAUAAUAGAAGAACACAACAAGUUGGAUAUUUAACUUUAAACGGAAGCGGAACUCAAAUAUUAUCGGAGAUUAAACGUUCCUAACUCUUUUUUCUUUUUUUUUUUAAAUAAUCCCCCUGAUCGGAUUGAAGAAAAAUUGUUAUUUCUUUUUUUUUCUUUUUUUUUGUUUCAGACGAUCUCGCUAAGUAUUUCAAAAACGACCGGCUUUCUACGAGGUAGGUAAAAUACUUUCGAAAUACACGUGAAAACGUAGCGAUAAAUAACUCGACGUACGAUAACGUUCCUUCACGAUUUCGCGUGUCUCGUUAUAUCAUGAAUACGAUGGGAACUUGAUUAAAUCAUUCGAUCGAACGAUUUCUAGUUUCACGGACGAAAAAGAAGAUAAAAAAAAAAAAAUAAGAAGAAUUAUGUAAAUGGGGACCCGCUUUAAUUUAUUAGAUACAUAUAUGUAACUUUUUUCUGCUUCUUCUUUUUUUUUCUUUUCUCUCCCCUUCUUUCUUUCUUUUUCUCAUCUCUUGUCGUUUCCUUGUGAUGACACAACAGGGCUGCACGAAAGUGAAGGGACGAGAAGCAACACGAACACGCUUCCUGUUCUCUACAUUUCCAAGAAAAAAUUGGGAGAGGCUCCAAAUUGGAAGAUAUGUUCGAGAUAGAAUUGUAAAUUGUGAAAGGUGAUCACCUGCUGUCUUUCGUUAUUAAUGAUUUACAAAUAUUUCAUCACUCAUUAUAGAUAGAGAAAUGAAAAUGUUUAGUAGAUAUAGAAUAAAAUUCUAAAUUAUAUUAACAAUAUUAAAAUAAUAAAUAAUUAACAAUAAAAUAUUUCUAAUCAUCUCUAUUAGUCUAUUUCUCCCCCGCCCCUCCCAUAGAAAUUAACACUUGGAAAUAAAAUUGACACUUCGAAAAUAAUUAUUUUAACAAAGCAAAAUAAUAACAGCGGAUAUUCAUUCGUCGAUUCUUAACAAAAAGAAAAAUAUAAGAACACGCGGAGAAAGGUGAAGAUCGAUUUACCGUUUAUAGUCGAUCAUCGAUCCAUAUUACAAUUAGUAUUACGUAUACUAUUUAUGUCACGAAAUUCAACCAGUUUUCUUUGAAUUUUGCGCACCUUUACGUUUGCCGGUGUUACGUAUUAUUUUGGUAAGAAUGAGAUGGAACAGUGUGAACAAAAUCAUGAGAAGCUAUCGUACACUCGGUAGGGCGUGCGGCUGCUCCAGUGAAAGUAAUCCUCUUUCGCUUGGUAACGCAUUGCCAUCUGGUCAGUCAGGCAUAUAAAAAGCGCGAGUGGACUAAAGGAUGACACACUCAAGUGGACACAACGCAAGAGUAACAACAAUGAAAAUCUUCCUUAUCUGUCUGUUAGCUACGGCUGUUUUAGCCGAGAAGAAACACGAAAAACGUGGUACUCUUCUAGGUGAUUCUGGUUAUUCCAGUGGCCUUGGUUUAAGUGCUUACAAUUCUGGUGGACUGAAAUCUGGUCUAUAUUCUUCCGGCUUAAGUUCUGAACUUGGUUACGGAUAUGGUUCUGGACUUGGCUCUGGAUUCAGUUCAGGACUUAGUUCUGGAUUUAAUUCUGGAUUGUCCUUAAGCGGAGGAAACGUUGGAGGCGCAUUUCUAGGAGCUAGAGCUGAGCGUAUCACUGGUGUCACCGUUCAUCGUGAAGUCCAAGUUCCUGUUCCAGUACCACAUCCGGUGCCAGUCGAAGUUACAAGAACCGUACCCGUACCUCAUCCUGUUCCAGUUAAGGUCGAUCGUCCUUACCCAGUACCAGUACCUCAUCCAGUUCCAGUUCCUGUUACCCGUCACGUUCCUAUUAAAGUCGACCGUCCUUAUCCUGUACCAGUACCUCAACCAAUCGAAGUCCGUGUACCUCAUCCUGUUCCUGUUCCAGUUAUCCAGCCAGUUCCUAUCUCGGUUGGUCCAUCUUAUUCCUUGGGUUCUACCAGUGGAUUUUCUGGUGGAUUUUCCGGUGGAUAUUCUAGUGGACUUUCCGCCGGAUUCUCAGGUGGUUACUCAGAUUUUGGAUCAAGCUUGUCCAGUGGACUUAGUUCAGGAGUAGAUGUCAGCAUCGGUCAUGAAUACUCUUCUAACGGUGGUGGAUCGAUCGGAGGAGACGCUGGAUACUCUUAUCCUGCCCCAUCGAAAAAAUGGUGAAAACUGUCUGAUGAGUUACGUUUUACACAAUGCUGCAUACAAAUUUAUUUCUUAAGAAUCAAAAACUAAGUACCUUUGUACGUUUGUUUUGCU